AACCCAGAAAUUGGUCCUCACCGGAGCAAUCAAACUUCUCGUCAGUUUCAUUUUUAAUCAAGUGAUCAGUGGCUGCCCGGCCGGCGGAGAGGAUGCAAACGCUAAUGGAAGGCUACCAGGCAUCAAAUCCUUUUCGUCCCUUCCAUUUUUGCCAUUGGUGAUUGGAUGCUCUUUUGCCUUCCCCUCCCCUUCCUUCACUGACUUAAAUUCUCCUUUCUUUCUGAAUUUACAACCAAUUAAUUGUAACAAUAAGAGUGAAUCCAAGAGCAACUUUGUCUCACCAUUGAACGCAAACGGAACAAGGAUGAAGAUGGAACUUGUAUCCGCCAUCGGCUUGAGCUUAGGGUUGGCAGCGGCAGUGGGAACUCCUUGCCCAGCCUGGCCGCCAUCUGCUCCUGCGUCGUUUGUCCUUGUCGCACCCCAAUUCGGCGCGCAAUCAACGCUUGCCUUCACCUGCUCCUCGCGGUGCGACCUUCCUCCACGACAGUUUGCCUUGUCCCCUGACUCACUUCUACUGUCACCCUAGGAAUUGGCCAAGUGGAACCACUUCCUAAAGCGUAGUAUAGCGGGUUAGGUUCAUAUGUCAACCCGGGUCCUAGAUCUGAUGACUACUCAGUGAGUUCUUGUUAUCUAGCAAUGAAACUGGAAUGCAAGUCUAAGCUACCAAACAAACAAAGCAAGUAAACUGUUGUAUUCAGGUUAAGAGAGGUCACCCGGAUAUGGUUCCUCCUAGACUGCAGUUAAGCCGGAUUGUAAUUACCAAGUUCAGUUUCUAUGAAAGUUAUACUGCAGGAGGUUCUUAAACAGCCUGAAGUCUCGACUAAAGGUCUUCAGACCCUCUCAAUCUGAGUCUCUAGCGGGCGACUAACCUCCACCGGAGUAAACAGAUUGAGGCCUUAACAAACAAAACCUCCACUACCGGAGUAAAUCCGGUACAGAAUAGUGAGUUGGCUCCUCGACUAAAGUCACCAACUCCCUACCUUCAAUCAAGGAUGCUCUAUCAACCUAGGCAGAUAUUCUCAUUCUAGGUUAAAGCAGAAACAACAGGAAUUUGAUCAGGAUUCAAGUCAUUCAAUCAUUAAAACCUCAAUCGAAUAUAAUCAAUCAUAGAAUCAGUACUUGGGUUCAUACAAUCAAAGCCUAACAUACAAAUCUAGGGUUCUCCAUACCCAGAUGAAUGGGAGAACUACUCCAUGGAGAAGAAAGCAAAAGCAGAAUCAGACAUGGAAUUCAUACUGCGAAGGAUGGAUUCCUGCUACUGGACGUUGAUUGGCACUUCUCCAAGCUCAAGCUGGCCUCCAAUGGUGUUGAAGAUCAAUCUAGGGCACUUGGAAACUCUUGCUCGUCACUUUCUCUCUCUAGAAGUCGUUCUAUCUCUCAAAAACUCGAAUCCCCUUGAAUUGUGGCUGAAAAUCUGCUUAAAAGCAUUAGUGGCCAAAGCACGGUCGAGGGCACGGCCGUGCUUUGCCUGACUCCGCCCGUGUCUCGGCCAAGGCUUAAUUACACGGCCAGCAAUUGGGAAGAAACACGGCCGUGCUUCGCGUUGGACACGGCCGUGCUUUUGUGGAACACGGCCGUGCUUUGAAACAGCCCUGCCCGUGUAAUCAGCUCAGCUCUCGGCAUAAAAAGCACGGCCAUAGCAACACGGCCGUGUAAUGCCUUAGGUGUGCCCGUGUUUUGGCCCCAGCUUGACGAAAUGACCUCCGAAUGCCCCGAAACUCGUGGUUAGCCUUCCCUUUGACGCGUGGGACCUGAAAUAUGACAAAAUAGCACAACCCGGCGUAAAAUAGGCCAAAACACAUGACUAUACUCCUCAAACGGAUAAGAACUAGGGGCGCAAACAUGUGCAAUUACAUCGUUAUCAAAUUCCCCCACACUUAACCGUUUGCUUGUCCUCAAGCAAACCAAGUCAGACACAAGGUAAGCUCAAAACAACAAGGCAUGACAUAUCGGCACAAAAUACGUGGAUCAUACUGGCUUUCGAUCAUUAACACAUGGACAACCUCACUGACAACCUAGACAACCACCACAGAUGACAUUCGAAUGCAGUAAAAUCGAGCAAAGGAAGAGUCUCCCUUCUGUUCACCAACCAACAUAGACUCGACUCAACCACUUGUUCAAAACAGUCACAUCAUGCACAAAGUUCAAGAUAUCAGAAUUAAGACCGAGCAAUCUAGGUCCUCACAGGGAUAAAGAGUAUAGAGAAUA